UUGAACCAAAAUAUAUUCAAUACAGUUGCGAAAAGUAAGUGAAGAAGUGAAGACAUUUAAAAAACUACAACCAACUUAUUAAUUUAACGGCUCAAAUAAAUUUUCUAAGUUUAAGCAAAAUGUUGUUGUUAAAAAUGAUUUGUAAUGCUCUAAUAGCAAUAAACGAAGUUUUCGAAAAUGAUAAACGUCUUAGUUCUUAUCCAUUUCUUGGGAAACCAUGGCCCAUGCUUGCAGUUGUUUCAAUCUAUCUUUUGGCCGUGUUAAAAUGGGGUCCUAAAUUUAUGGCCAAUCGUAAUCCGUACAAAGUUGAUGGCAUAAUGAAAUUGUAUAAUGUUGUACAAAUUGCGUUAAAUGGUUACAUAUUCUAUGAGGCAUUAAAAUAUUCCUACUUAAGGGACGACUUUGUAAUGAAUUGUCAAAAGCAUGAUCCCACUGACACACGUCCAUUGACAAUGAAAUUAGCUCGACCGGCCCUUUUAUAUUACUUCUCAAAAUAUUUGGAUUUGUUGGACACGUUCUUCUUUAUAGUGCGUAAAAAAAACAAUCAAAUAACCUUUCUUCAUGUGUAUCAUCACUCCUUAAUGAUUAUGGGCGUUUACAUAUAUUGCAGAUUUUUAUUCUCAUCUCAUUUUACCGCAACUGGAGUUCUUAAUAGUUUCAUUCAUGUUUGCAUGUACACAUACUACCUGGUUGCAGCUUCAAAACCUAAUAUCAAUUUGCAGCCAUGGAAACGUACGUUGACUAUUAUGCAACUUCUACAAUUUACCGUGUUGGCAGUACACUUUAGUAUGCCACUACUUAAUAAUUGGUGUAAACUACCAUUUUUCUGGUUGAUGACAGCCUUUUUACAAAAUGCUUUCAUGAUUGUGCUUUUUUCAAAUUUCUAUUAUAAAACAUUUAUUUUAAAAGACUUAAGGAACAAAAAAAUUAAAAUGUUUUAUGUUCUAAAAUAUAUAUACUGCUUACUGGCCAAAGUCUAUGCAAAGAAUGCAGAUCCACGAGUUCAGCACUUGCCUCUGGUAUUUUCGCCUAUGCCAGUAAUUGUAAUUUUAUCAUUAUAUUUGGCAUUUGUACUGCAUUACGGCCCUAAAUGGAUGGAAAAACGUCAAGCCUUUCAGCUGAAAUUAAUAAUGCGUAUCUAUAACGCUGUCCAAGUUUUAGCCAACUUAACAUUGUUCAUCUGUGCCAUUCCAAAUUCAUAUGGUCAUAAAAAAUUUAGCUUUACAUGUCAACCCGUUGAUCCCACAAAUACUGAACCAUGGAUGAUUCGUUUGCUGUACAUAACAUAUGGAUAUUAUCUAACGAAAUAUUUGGAUCUCUUUGAUACGAUAUUUAUAGUGCUGCGUAAAAAAAAUCAACAAAUAUCUUUUCUACAUAUAUAUCAUCAUACCGGAAUGGUGUUUGGUUGUUAUAUAUAUAUGACAUUUUUGCCAGGAAGUCAUGCAACAAUGCUGGGAUUUAUUAAUCUUUUCGUACAUACUGUCAUGUAUUCGUAUUAUUUCGUCACAUCGCUGAAACCGAUUAAGGAGACGCUGUGGUGGAAACGUCACAUAACACAAUUACAAUUAGCUCAGUUUGGUUAUUUGUUCAUUCACUUUUUAAUAGUACUUGUUCGUAACACUUGUGGCCAUCCCAAUGUAGUAGCUCUUGUUGGUUUUAUGCAAAAUACAUUUAUGUUUGCAUUAUUUUUCGAAUUUUAUUACAAAGCCUACGUGAAGAAACCUAAGGCAACUGCUGCAAACAAUACUGUGACCCGUGACAACACAAAUCAAUUAAGCAAAGAAGAAAAAUUAAAAUCGAGUUAGUAAUUGGUUAAUACCAAUACUAUGUAAUAAGAAAAACUUUUCAAGUAAUAAAAAAACAAUAAAUGCAUUAAAAAUA